AUGUACAGCCUAAGGAGGGCCGUUGGCUUCACAAGUCGUUCACCUCUUUGCGCUAUUCGUUUGUUUGCAAGUACUCACUUCGGUUACCAGACGGUGGAUGAGGCAGAAAAGCAGGCGAAGGUGGAUAAGGUGUUUACUGGUGUAGCGGGCAAAUAUGAUAUAAUGAACGAUGCGAUGAGUGCGGGCAUUCAUCGCAUUUGGAAAAACUUUUUUGUUUACCGUAUGUUUCCCACCACCAACCUUUCUUUCCUCGACGUCUGUGGGGGCACUGGGGACAUCGCUUUGCGCAUUGCAAAGUAUUCAAAGAAUAUCGAAAACCCAUCCAGUCCCACCAUGCCUAAGAUCACAGUGUGUGACAUUAACCGACAGAUGAUUGAAGUGGGUAAAAUGAAGGCUAAUAAGUCAUCUUAUCACCCUUUAGUCAAUUGGGUGCAAGGAAAUGCUGAAAACUUACCCUUUAAAGACAAUCAAUUCGACGUCUAUACCGUAGCGUUUGGGAUCAGAAACUGUACCCAUGUGGAUAAGGUGCUUGAGGAGGCCUAUCGUGUUCUAAAACCUGGCGGAAGGUUCUUCUGUCUGGAGUUCAGUCGGGUUAGCAAUUCUAUGCUUCGGAUAAUUUACGAUGUUUAUUCAAUGCAAAUAAUCCCGUUAAUAGGCAAAGUGGUGGCUAAUGACUGGCACUCUUAUCGUUAUUUGGUGGAAAGCAUUCGAAGGUUCCCCAGCCAAUAUGAGUACGCUGGAAUGAUUGAAGAUGCGGGCUUCCGGAAUGUACAGUUCACAAAUUACACAUUCGGUGUGGCUGCUGUACACAUGGGAUUAAAGCCAAUAUGUGAUGAUUACAAUGAUUUCUAG